AUGGCGGCAAAGACUUCUUUGAAUCUACUACCGACCGUCUCGCCAAACAAACUACCUGCUAACUACGAGUGCAUUGUAGGCCUGCUCUCAUUUGCCACAGUGAAGGCUGAAGCGAGGAUCGAGUUCGGUACCCAAGGAGACUCUUCCACCAAACCAUUGGCCGAUGGAGCGGAAAACUCAGUGCAACAACAUUACAGGCAGCAACUGCAUUUCAAUCUGUGUCUACUUUACAGAAGAGCGACAGUUGGACUGAAACGGACGCUGAUUGCUGGUAUUGCCUUGGGCGCGGAAGAUGCAUUCAGAAUUGCAUGGAAGUUUGCGGGUGGUUUCUCACAGGCCUACAAUCCUACCGAAACGUCACUCGUCGAGGAAGCAUUGAAUUUUUUUGGCCGCGAUGUCAUGUCAAGUUCGGAAAAGAUCGAAGGGUUCUUCCCACCUUUGAUUGUACACGUGCUAGAGGUGGGAAUUUUUGUCUCUUCAAAUGGCCAUUGCUCUAUCUUGAAGUCUCCUCAAUCUCUUCUGAAGUCUAGUACCGAUGACGAGGGUUUCUCGUUGGUGCAUAAUGACCCCCUUAGCCGUCUACAUUCCGAGACGUAA